AGUGCAGCGAAUGAAACAAACCAUGAUUCGUAUACGAUUGUAUAUCAAUUAAUGUGAAAAGUCAUACCUACUCUAGAAUGUGUGUUUGUGUUUUCAUUGCAAUUUUACUUGCAUAAUUCAGUGUUUCGUAUUCGUGACUAUUCUAUAUGAUAAAACAUGGGUUUGACCACAUCUAAAUCACCUUUGGAAAGGAGGAACACAGUGAUCAAGCGAUCUCAAAGAAAAUCAAUACAUACCAUAAAAUCCAAGAUCGAUAAGCUGUUUACCGAUAUAAAAAAAUUCCGAGGUACAGAAGAAGACGACAAAUACAAGGUCCUUGUUACCGAAAUCGGUCGUUUGAAUUAUGAACUGAACAGCAAAAUCCGAGAUUUGCAACCGCAAGUACGAAACAUUCAUCAAGUAACCGUUGCUAGGUUAGAUGAAGCAGUGCAAGCCCUGCAAGCAAAAGUACUAGAAAAUCGGCAAAAACAGCAAGAGAAGAUGAAGAAGAAUCAUAACCAAGAUGAGGAGGAUCUAAACGAAAAUACUAGCAAGAGCGUCAAUGAGGAAAUCGAAGUUAACGAAGAAACAGAAGAAGGUGGGAAUCAAGCCAGCCCUGAACAAACAAACGAAUCGCAAGUCCUAGAAAACAGCACAGACAAGAGGAAGACACUUGAACUGAAAUUUGUACAAGUAAUACCAGAAAAUAGCAUCGAAGCAGAGGUACAUAACGAACAAAUGUCCCCAAACUUCAAAAGGAAUGACGAGAAAAGGAAAUCCAUCUUGAAAAUGGGCGUUCCUGUGAUGCCUGGAGCGAUGCUAGAAGAAAUAACGAAAAAAACGAACCAGAUGUCAGUACAUUACGACACAACGGUACCAGUACCAGUACCAGUACCAGCACCAGCACCAGUGCCAGUGGAAGAUUCAGACGCCUUGCUGGCGAAGCUAGGCGAUACCGUUGAAAAUCUGCAAAAAAUAGAAUACCAAAUUGCCGAUUUCGUUGGAAAAAAACACGGCACUCAAUAUAACCGUAUAAAAGACAAAUUGGUUGGUUACAUGCAUGAAGUGACGCAAAUAAGAUCGAAGGAUGACUUUGUUGUUGAUCAGGUCCAGUUGUGUACAAAUUACCUCGAGAGUUGUUUACGUUUUCUGGACGACAAGGCUGUGGAAAAUAAUAAAGAUCAACUGCAGGAUGAUGUAUUUUUACCGGAACAAAACAACAAUACGUUUGAUGCUCAAACCAAACUGCAAAAAUUGAUGAAGACGACUGCUAUUUGAUCGGGACAAUGGUGUUCACAUCAGAAAUGCCAUCUCAGUAUUGUAUUGAAUACUAUAAUUGCCAUGAAAUGAUACUUAAAUACAGGGUUUUUC